GUAGCAACUAGCAAGCGCGCGCCCAGAUGCCGCCCACACCGGUUGCCUUUCCAUGCCUUGCAGGUGCAGCUCCCUAAUAGGUUCCUCGUCUUCAAAACCGAUGUGAGAUGUGAGAUUAGAUAUAUCGCACAAGAUUAUAUAUAUAUAAAAAAAAACAGAGGAGAGAAUUGAACACCAGCAUCGAUCGGUGCAGCCGGCAUGGUCACCAAGAAUGUUCAGCAGCAGCAGCAGCAUCGUGUAGAUGUAGUGGUGCCUGUUCCUGCUAUGGUGGUGGCAGCCAUGGCGAGCCCCUGCCCCGCCAAUAAGCUCCUCCGCGGCGCAAUCCAGCUCGCCUUCGGGUUCGCGCUCGGCAUCGCCGUCGCCAUCUACCUCAUUGGGUCAGCGACGCCUGCCGCCGUCCCCGGAGGAUCAUCCCUCGAGCUCUUCUUCCCUCUCCCGCCGCCGGCCGCCGCGUCGACGGCGAACCUGUCGGCGGUCCGGCAGAAGCAGCCGCCGACUCCAUCGCCGGAGGCGGAGAAGACGACGACGGCGAUCAAGUCCCAGUCGUGGCCGGCGGACGACGCUUCAGGCGGCAACAGCACCGCCGAUCAGGCAGGCGGAGGAUUCGUGGAUAUUAGCGACGAGGAGCUGAUGAAGCUGGCGGCAGCGGCGCCGAGGGAGGUGAGGACGGGCGGCGGCGGCGGCCCGAGGCCGAAGGUGGCGUUCCUGUUCCUGACGAGGUGGGACCUUCCGAUGGCGCCGCUGUGGGAGAAGUUCUUCGAGGGGCACCGCGGGCUCUACUCCGUCUACGUGCACACCGACCCGGCGUUCAACGGCUCCGACCCCGGCGAGGCCUCCGUCUUCUACCGCCGCACUAUCCCCAGCAAGGAAGUUAAAUGGGGCGAGAUAAGCAUGGUGGAAGCCGAGCGGCGUCUCCUGGCGCACGCGCUGCUGGACCAGGCCAACGCCCGGUUCAUCCUCCUGUCGGAGUCGCACGUCCCGCUCUUCGACUUCCCCACGGUCUACUCGUACCUCAUCAACUCCACCACCAAGAUAUACCUCGAGUCCUACGACUUGCCAGGCGUGACGGGGCGCGGCCGGUACAAACGCAGCAUGAGCCCCGUCGUCACUGCCGCACAGUGGCGCAAGGGCUCGCAGUGGUUCGAGGUGGACAGGGGCCUCGCCGCCGACGUCAUCACCGACGAUGUCUACUUCCCUGUGUUCGCGAGGCACUGCAGCCGUAAUUGCUACGCCGACGAGCACUACCUGCCCACGUUCCUGGGCAUCCGCCACCCGUCGCGCGUCACCAACCGGAGCGUGACGUGGGUCGACUGGUCCCACGGGGGCCCGCACCCGGCGAGGUUCACGAGGAUGGAGGUCACGCCGGACUUCCUCCGGUGGCUUAGGGCCGGGGCCGGGACUACGUGCGACUACAAUGGCGCCACCACGACGGUCUGCUUCCUGUUCGCGAGGAAGUUCCUGCCCAACUCGCUCACCAGGUUCCUCAGAUUCGCUCCAAAGGUCAUGGGCUUUGGAUGAUGAUGUGCAGCGAACGUUUUAAUAUUUAGCUAGGAUAUACAACUUUUCACAUUCUUUGGUUUGUUUUAUUCGCCUAUUCCACAGACCCAACGUAUACAUGUACGUAAAUUUCAUUUUCCUUUUCUUUCUUCCUGAUUUCAUUAUGUAAAGACCAAAUGAAUGUAAAGAGCACAAGGAACUAUAUUUUUUAUACUAACCACACAUGGAAUAUAGAGUUUAUUACACGCCCUCAA